AUGUCCAACGGCGUGCGCAAUCUGCGCGCCAUGUUCGAAAACUCCAACGCCGCUGCCUCACCCGAGCCCCGCGGUCGCUCCCCAGUAGACCAUUCCGCCCCAGGAGAUAACGACGACCGCCCCAGGUCAAAGGUACGCGCCUCCUUUGUCCCCGUCGAGCCUUCGCUCCCUCCUACGAGCGCCUACACGCCCACCGACCUCGGCCAGACAAAGGGCACCCCGUCCAACAGCACCGUUGCACACCGCCGCGAGAGCUUCAGCAUCAGCGAGGACAGGCCCGAGGAGCUCGCUGAUCUCAAGAAGAUUGUCAGCGACGAGAAGGAAGAGCGCGCCAAGAGCCUGGCUAUCCCCGAGGCUGUUCCCGAGCAGGCCGUCGCAUCAAGAGAAUCCUCGCUAUCGGCUCCUCUUGACCGAAAGGCAGAGGAAAAAGAAUCCACCGACAUGCCUAGGGCCUCCGACCUUGCAGAAGCUUCUGAGCCCCAGGCUGAGCAGACACCAACCCAACCCGAAGAAAACGCCGUUGACGACGCCGAAAUCUCCCCAAUGCCAUCCCCACAACAGAUUCCCGCUCAGCCCGCUGAAAAUCCGGACAAGCCUACCACGGGCGCCCAGGAAGAUCUCGCACUGAGGCCGGCAGCCCCCACGGACGAAGCUGCUGUGGAACACGACACACCUGCACAAGAUGAAGCUGCAUUUGAGGAAAGCAUUCCUGCCGCGGAGGAAGCUGCCAUUGAGGAAGCCGCCAUCAAAGAGGAGGCAGCUGUUGCAGAAGCUGCUAUCGCAGAGGAGAAGACUGCAACUGCUGAGGAGCCUGCUGUUACCAAAGAAGAGCCUCAAGCUGACGCUCAGCCCGCCGAAACCUCAGACAAGACUGAGACUGCAUCUUCCACGGAUGUGCCCACUAUCACCGAGGAGGCGGCCCCUGCGUCUGAUGAGGCUCCAGCAGCGGAGACUUCCAAGCCCGCUGACAGCAAGGCAAAGACCAAUGGAACUCCUGCAGCUAAGAAGCUAGAUGUCAAGAAGCCCUCGACAAUCUCUACUGCUAAGGCCUCCAAGGCGCUACCCGCAUCCGCAAAGAGCCCUCUCCCAAAGAGCCCUCUCCCAAAAGCAGCACCCAAGACUCCCCCGAAGACCAAGUCGGCCACACCAGCGCCCAAGCCCAGUCCAGCAAAGGUAUCCAAGCCGGCAGCCCCUAAGGAGGCCGCUAAGGCCCCUGCUACAAAGGCUCCUGCUCCUGCUGCAAAGGCCCCGGCUGCUAAGACCCCUACUACCAAGACGAGCCGCUCUUCCCUACGCCCAGCGGCAUCCUCAGCUACUGCACCUACUGCCAGCGCUGCAUCCAAGACUAAGCCAGCAGCAGCAUCUACAGAGACCAAGAAGCCUGCCGCUUCCAAGCCCGCCCCUCCUGCUCUCCGUAAAAGCGUCUCACCAACCGGCUUCAAGAAGCCAGCACCCAAAUCGCCCACACGCCCCGUCGGUCUGCCUUCGCGUUUGACCGCACCUACUGCGGCCUCUGCUGCGAAGCAUGGCGAAGAACCCAAGGUUGCAAAGAAACCUGCCACUACCACACGCGCUCCACCCAAGCCCGCCACCACCACCACCAAGGCCCCUCGUCCUUCAGUUGGGCCCAGUGCACCAAAGCGACCGGAGUCCCGUACCUCGACCACAAGCACCGCACCCAAGGGCGGUUUCCUUGAGCGUAUGAUGCGCCCAACUGCAGCUAGCUCCAGCAAGACUCAUGAGAAGCCUGCUUCUCCACCACACAAAGCCCCCGGCGCCUCAAAGCCUAGCACCCUACAAAAAGGAAAGAAGAAGGCGGAGGAAGUUGCCUCCAAGGUUGAAGAUGUCGCAUCCAAGGCCAAGGCAGCUGUCACCAACGGCCAUGGCGAUGAGGAGCACAAGGAGGAGCACAAGGAAGAGCACAAGGCGGAAGAAGAAGCCCCAAAGGAGUCUGAGACUACUGAACAGGUAGCUGAAGAAGCCCCCGCUGAUGAGACGUCGCACGAAACGGUAAAGGCACCUAGUCCAGUGCCAGAGGUAGAGGCUCCAGCUGCAGAGCUAGAUACGCCAAAGACGGAAGGUGAGGCCGUACGGUAG